UGACUUCUAUUUCGCUGCGAGGAUUUGACAUAAAAGGUCGGGAACAUCAGCUCACAUAUAUUUAAUCAGUUCUUUUUAACACCAACAGAAUUUUUUUAAAAUAACUAUACAUUAUGACUGUGUUUGACGCAAAAUCGGACUUGGCAGUACAAGGACUACGCAAUACUAUUCUUAAACGAUUAUCGUCGAUGAAAGUUGAUGUAAAACCUGGCGAAGAAAUCAUCCUGAAAGAAAACCCUCGUCGAUACUGUCUAUUUCCUAUAAAAUAUCAUGAAAUCUGGGAGUUUUACAAGAAAGCGGAAGCAUCCUUUUGGACAGUGGAAGAAGUAGACUUAUCCAAGGAUCUUAUUGAUUGGAAUGAAAAGCUAAACAAGGAUGAACGGCAUUUUGUUGGACGUAUCUUGGCUUUUUUUGCAACUUCGGAUGGUAUCGUGAAUGAAAAUUUGGUUGCCAACUUUUGUAAUGAAGUAAAGAUAGGUGAAGCCAAAUGCUUUUAUGGAUUCCAAAUUAUGAUUGAGAAUAUUCAUUCGGAAAUGUAUUCACUAUUGAUCGAUACGUAUAUUCGGGAUCCAGACGAAAAGGAGUUUCUGUUUAAUGCAAUAGAAACUAUUCCAGAAAUCAAGACAAAAGCGGAUUGGGCAUUCAAGUGGAUUGCGGAUACUGAAAAACCAUUUGCUGUACGAAUCUGCGCGUUUGCAAUUAUUGAAGGCGUGUUUUUCUCGGGGUCGUUUGCUUCCAUCUUUUGGCUAAAGAAACGUGGCUUGAUGCCUGGCUUGACUCUAUCCAACGAGUUUAUCACAAGAGAUGAGGGUCUUCAUGCUGACUUUGGAUGCCUGCUAUUUCAUCAUAUGAUUAACCAGCCUCCUUAUGAAACUGUGCUCGCAAUUAUGACAGAAGCGGUUAAAAUCGAACAAUCUUUUUUUAGGGAAGCUCUACCUGUCAAGUUGAUCGGCAUGAAUGAAGAACUUAUGUGUCAAUACGUUGAGUUUGUAGCGGAUCGCUUACUAAUCUCUCUUGGGUUUUCCAAACACUACAACGUGUCUAACCCUUUUGACUUUAUGGAUUUAAUUUCUUUACAAGGCAAGACAAACUUUUUUGAAAAACGUGUGUCGGAUUAUCAACGUGCUGGUGUCAUGAACAAAAAAGAAGAUCGUAGCUUUACCUUGGAUGCUGAUUUUUAAACUGUGUCCGUAAAAACAUUCUUACCAGCUAUGUCGUCAUGCUAUAUUCCGGCUAGUGGAUAUUGUCGGUAACUGCUGGCUACAGAAAAAUAAAAUUGUCGGGUCUAAAAAAAAUUGAAUUUGACUAGAAAAAU